GUCAAAAUACACAGCAACGCGUCCACCACUCUCACUAGUCACAAUCUUGUGAAACAAAAACGGUUUUUACUGACUUUCUUUUGUACUCCAUUACUACAGGCAUUCAAGUUAUGACCAGGCCCGUUUACACUGUUAGAAUUUAAGGGUGCCCAUAGUCCAUAAAUCAAUGAAAGUUAUCAUCUUUAUUCACAUCAUCUGCUGAUGGCGGUGUCAUUGUCUGCUUCAGAGUUUGCAUACAGGCUUUAAUAACAUAGUUGGAUGAAAAAGUCUUUGGACCAUAAUGUAGGCUAAUGGAAAAUAUCCACUGUAGUGUGCAGUAAAAAAAAAAAUUGUGCUGAAGAAAUAUGACUGUACAGUGGUGGGAAAACGUUUUUGGGCACCCUUAAAAUUAUAAUCUCAAAUAUUAUCAGCAAUUAUUUGUGGGGAAUUUUUUUGUGUGUGUUUCAAAAGAUGUGACUGCAUGAGACAGACACAAACAAGUACAAAUGAUUUCUUUAUUUUUUUUGGUUUAUUGUUCACAAGAAAAACUAGCAAAACUAAAUUCUUGACAGUUUCGGUAUAUCAGUUCUCAGCAUUGUCGGUAUCAAAGUCAACAAAUAACAGAUAAGGUGUUCAAAACUGAACAAAAAAUAAAUGUUAAUAAAUAAACCAUCACAUCAUCAAAUUAAUAGUUAGUAGUCUUGCCAUUAGCAUAUAGUAGAGCUGUAAUCCUGGCUGGCAUGUUCCCCGCGAGUCUUUCUCACUCUUGAGGGGUAAUCUUGUCCCAUUCUUCUGGAAUGACUGCUUUUAAUUCUCCCAAAUUUUUUGGUUUAUGCUUUGAACCAGACCUUUUUAUAAUCCACCACAUAUUUUCAAUGGGGCUCAUGUCUGGGGACUGAGCUAGUCACUCUAAGGCCUGGAUACUGUGCUCCUGCAGCCAAGUUCUGCUGGCCCUGAAUGUGUUCAAGGGGCAUUAUCUGGUUGAAACAUCAAAUUUUGACCCUGAUUGAACAGAGCACGUGCAGAAGGGAGCAUGUGGGUUUGAAGAAUAGCAAAAUACUUGGCAGAGUUCAAUGUGUCAUCCCAGACAGUGAGAUGACCAACACCGGCAGCACUCAUGCAUUCCCAAGCCAUGAUACUGCUUCCCCAUGCUUGACAGUAGGUAAUGUACAUGCUGGAGAUAAUGCUUCACCUGGCCUUCUGCCUACCCUCACAUUAGCAGGAAGAUAAAACUGGAAACUGAACUCAUCUGACCACAGAAUCUUCUUCCAGUUCCUGUCUGUCCAGUUCUUGUGUGCUUGGGCCCAAUGAUGCUGGGCUAACCUCUGUCUCUCAUUGAUCAGGGGCUUCUUGACAGCCUUGUAGGACCUUAAACCAUGAUCUAAAAGUGUAGGUGGAACACUGGACACCAGUUUGGUUUGGCCACUGCUGUUGAAGCUCCUGUGAUGUGUUUCAGUGGUUUUACCUGCACAUGUGGAUCAGGAUGCGGUAAUUUCUUGCUCAAGAAACCCUUGGGCGUUCAGAUCUUGGUAUGUCUUCCAAACUAUUCAUCUGUAUUUUCUGCAGAGUGUAUCCAACUGCUGAAGGACUGCAUCUGCACUUCCUGUCUAUCUAGUGGGAGCUGUAACCUGCCUGGCUGAGAAUCUGUAUCUUCAGGCAUGUUUCCUUCGUUAGGUUUCUUGUUUUAUCCGUUUCCGACUCUGAAGAACUUUCAAAUGUGCUGACUUUAUAUAAACAUGAAGCACAGCAACAAAAAUUGUCUUUUAAUAAAAAGCACAACCUUCAUUAGUGGAUCACUGGAACCCAGUACUCAGAAAUUUCUGAUGUAUUUUUAUGGAAAUGAUCAAUUUGAAGUUUUUAAUGGCAUUUUUGAAUUUGUUUAAUAUUUUGGUGGUGACUGUACUAAAAGAAAUUGCACCUAAGAGUGAUUCUUAAUGCAAUACUUCAGAAAUGCAUGGAGUGUCAGAAAACUUUCUUCCACCACUGUGGAGUAAAAAUAUUUCACCAGUGCUAUAUUCAGACCCUUUACUUAAGUAAACUCAUUCAGUACCACAAUGUAUCAAAUACUCCACUGCAAAUAAAAGUCCUACAUUCAUUAUUUAUCUUGAUGCUGCAAUUCAAUUAAAGGCACAGAUGUACUGUUAAAAAAUGCAACAAACAUUCAAGAAUGCAGAACUCUAUGUAAAAUUGCUCCUUUCAUCAUGUUGCAUUACUGUGUACCAUAUUUUCCUGUUGUAUUGUGGUCUUUGUAUACUGGUAUUCAGUUAAACCUUUACCUGCAAUCUUUUACUAACUGAUCACAUAUGUUGUGUACACAGAAAAAAUAUAUUAAAACAACAAGUAAAGUACAAGUAAAACAACAUCCUUUAUGAUGUUUUGUUAUGAUUUUCUGCAAGGAUUCAGUGAGUCAAGUGGAAUCUUAUCUUAUUGGAACUGGCGCAGCCUUAAGUAUUCAAAGUCAAGGAUUUGGCAUUGAAGUUGUUGUAUAAAAAGCCGUGCAGCAGCUCAGGGCCUUCCUGCACAGCUCCUCUCUGGGCUGCUUGGAACUGCACUGAGCCAUAUCCCUAAAUCGGGGCCCUCUGAUAGGAAUAUGGCUUUGUUUCUGUGUCUCUGUGUGUUUAUGGCUAUGGGGCUGACGUUGUUCGCUCGGCAGCUGAAGCUCAGGAUGUCCACACAUGGCCCCCGGGAGCCACCCUGCCUCCCAGCGCUACCCCUGAUUGGCAGUCUGCUGAGUUUGCAAAGCCCACACCCUCCUCAUGUGCUUUUCAAAGAGCUACAGCUGAAAUACGGACAGACAUACUCUCUAAAGUUGGGCUGCCACAAUGUCGUCAUCGUCAACCAGCACGUGCACGCCAAAGAAGUCUUGCUGAAAAAGGGAAAGACAUUCGCAGGAAGACCCAGAACUGUAACCACAGAUAUUCUAACCAGAGCUGGCAAAGACAUCGCAUUCGGGGACUACAGUGCUACUUGGAGGUUCCACAGGAAAAUAGUCCAUGGAGCUCUGUGCAUGUUUGGAGAAGGUUCAGCCUCCAUCGAGAAGAUCGUCUGUGCAGAGGCCCAGUCUCUGUGCUCCGUCCUGUCCGAGGCAGCAGCUGUGGGACUGGCCCUGGAUCUGUCCCCUGAGCUAACUCGGGCCGUCACCAACGUCAUCUGUUCGCUCUGCUUCAACUCCUCCUACUGCCGCGGCGACCCAGAGUUUGAGGCCAUGCUGCGCUACAGCCAAGGCAUCGUGGACACUGUGGCCAAAGACAGCCUCGUGGACAUCUUCCCCUGGUUACAGGCAGACUACAGUGACCAUGUGCAGAGAGAUCUGCUGGAUGCUCUCCUGAGAGCCAAACGCAGCGCUGAGAACAACAACACCGCAGAGAUCAGUGCUGAGUCUGUGGGCCUCAGUGACGACCACCUCCUCAUGACAGUGGGAGACAUCUUUGGAGCCGGCGUGGAAACUACCACCACUGUGCUGAAAUGGGCCAUCACCUACCUCAUCCAUUACCCACAGGUGCAGAGGCGUAUCCAGGAUGAGCUGGACAGCAAGGUGGGGGAGGACCGGUCCCCCAAGCUCAGUGACAGAGGCACCCUGCCCUACCUGGAGGCCACUAUCCGGGAGGUGUUACGGAUCCGUCCUGUGGCCCCCCUGUUCAUCCCCCAUGUGGCCCUUAAUGACACCAGCAUCGGAGAUUUCACAGUUAGAAAAGGAACUCGAGUCAUCAUCAACCUGUGGUCUCUGCACCAUGAUGAGAAGGAAUGGGAAAAUCCUGAGCUCUUUGACCCUGGCAGGUUCUUGGAAAGUGGAGGCACAGGUCUGAUCAUCCCAUCGUCCAGCUACCUUCCAUUCGGCGCUGGGGUCAGAGUAUGUCUAGGUGAGGCCUUGGCUAAGAUGGAGCUCUUCCUCUUCCUUUCCUGGAUCCUGCAGCGCUUCACUCUCUCUGUCCCACCAGGCCACGCUCUGCCCAGCCUAGAGGGCAAGUUUGGCGUGGUCCUCCAGCCAGCCAAGUACAAAGUGAACGCCACACCCAGACCAGGCUGGGAGAAGCACAAGUGUCAGGCAUGUUGAGAGUUUCACCCCAAGUCUCCACAACAGUGGCUCUCAGUUGUGAUCUCAGAGCAUGUUUUUUUUUAAUGUAACAUACACUACCGUUCAAAAAUUUCAGGUCACUUAGAAAUAUUUACGUUUUUGAAAGAAAAACAGUUAUUUUUCAGAAAGAUAACAUUAAAUGAAUCAGAAAUACAGCGUAGACAUUAUUAAUGUGGUAAAUGACUAUUCUAGCUUGAAACGACUGAUUUUUAAUGGAAUAUCUCCAUAGGGGUACAGAGGAACAUUUCCAGCAACCAUCACUCCUGUGUUCUAAUGCUACAUUGUGUUAGCUAACGGUGUUGAAAGGCUAAUUGAUGAUUAGAAAACCUUUGUGUAGUUAUGUUAGCACAUGGAUAAAAGUCUGAGUUUUCAUGGAAAACAUGAAAUUCCCUGGGUGACCCCAAACUUUUGAACGAUAGUGUAUGUCACCAGCCAGGAGGUCAAACAUGCAACAGUGCAAUGGAUGUAUGAACAUUUCUUUAUUUUCUAUUUUUUGCCAUUAUUGUUUCUUUGCAAUGUAUUAGAGUCUCUACUAACAGUUCCUACCAUUUCUAAAAUAUGAUCGGGUUUAUUAUAUGCAGUAAUUGUACAGGUUAUCUCUGUUGCCGUGACGUACUUUACAUAAGAAUCUAGGGUUGGAUGAGAGACUACAGUUUGACAUAUUGCUUCUGCAGGUAAGAGUGAUUUAACAGAUAUUCACAAUACUACUGUCCAAUAAUGUAGACAAUCUCGGAUUAUAUGACAAAAGAGUUUGUUGCAUAAUGGGUGGAUCUAGAGGAUCACAUAACAUGACAUUCUCUCAGAGAUUCAUAUUUGUAGACUUUUGAUCAAACACUGAAAAUGUUGGCCCCUCUGCAGAGUUACUUAAAUGAAAACAUGCCAGAAGUUUACAUCUCUUCAACUAAUCACUGCAGCUAGAGCAGAGCUACAACCAGACCCUGUUCUUUUGUGAGGCAUCACAAGCCUAAAGUUGUAAAUGCCUAAGUUUUGAUAUGUAACAUUUAACACAUACUUUGCACAUUGUAGCUUUUCCAAAUCUUUUAAAAUGUAACAUCUAAAAAAGUAACUGCAACUGUUGGACAUGUACAAGGAAAAAUAUUCGACUUUUGAAUGUAGUGCAGAGUUUUAUAAAGCAUAGUUAAAUAUCUUGAAAACUUCAAUUAAAUACAUUACUUGAGCAUGUACUCUGUUACACUGCCCCACUAGGUCACAUGGGACACUCAGUAUAAAGUUUAUAGCAUUAAUUCCAUCAGUGCAGUAGAGUCAUGUCAGGCUACAUACCACUCUGCUGCUCUUAAUCAUUGAUUGUUUUUAAAAUAUGACUUUCAUUGCAUUUGUUUCGACUUUACUGUUCUCUCGUUAGUUUAGAUGCUGCCUUUAAAAAUGUAAGUCCUGGUUGUUGGGAGGUGGAGCAUCCAUGGGUCAAACUAAUUUUUCCAGCACACCACAUAGACACCUACAGAUCUUUAACUGAGAUUUGGGGAAUUUGGUGGCAAAGUCAACAUGAUGAACUCUGUCAUGUUCCUAAAACCAUUCCCGAGUAUGCAUUGUCCCACUGAAAGAGUAAACUGCCAUCAGUGGUUGCAGUGAAGGAUUGAAAAUGAUCUGUAACAAUGUGUUUUCACCUGGAUCAAAGUUAAAUCCACGUAAAUGGCAGAAAUGAAGGUUUCCCAACAUUGCACAGGGCAUCACACUACAUCUACCAGCUGUACACAUGGUGCUACAGAAUAUUUAAAUUCAUCAAACUAGGUCACCAUCUACCACCAUUCAGUGAUCCAGUUCUGAUUCUCAUAGGUGCUUUCUUUUCACAGUGCAGUCAGCAUGGACAUUCUGUAGACAGCAAGCUGCAACACACUCUGUUCUGACUUUUUAAUUAUAGUUUAUUAAAAAUUGUUUGUUUUUACCAA